GCUUCAAUAAAGGUUACAUAGCAUCUGGAAUUUCUUCUCUUUUAGAAGAAAAGGGUGUUAACGUCUGCGGAUCCUGCAUAUAUGUACAUAAAAUUGCAAUACCGUAACAUCCAUUUUAGAAAUUUCAAUCUAUAGGCUUAUGCACGUUUUUACUUUAUUGUUGAUAUAGAUAUGCAGGUAACUUGCAAGAACAAGACAUUUUGUAGAGGAAGAGGUACUAACGUGGUUCUAACUGACAGCAUCCAUCGCCAAACAAGACUUCGGAACGUAGGUAUAGAUUUGAUUCUCAGCGACAGAGCUUUUAUGUCAAUGGCUGCUAAAGGUAAAGCCAGAGAACUCUUAGCACUCAGAUCUCAUGUCGAGGUGGAAUACGAAAGGAUACCCUGUGAAUACAAGAACCAGAAUAUGUCAAUAAAAGUAGAUGAAAGCAACAAGAAACGAGAUCGUUUCGUGCUUACAUUGCUUUACCAAGGUGGUCAAACAGGAAUCUUUUCAAUCUCGGUAAUGUACGCAGACACCAAUUCUAGUAGUGUGGAGCUAGGCAUGACCCAUAAAUAUGGUGCAGUAUGGGAAAUAAGAAGAAUUCCUGAAGGAAUCAGAAGAGUUCCUACCGGAGGUCGUCUAAGUUUUAAGCUUCUUGUAUAUAAAGGGCAUGAUUUACACGCAUAUCAGUCUUCCUCCAGACAUGUGCCUGCUAAUUGGAAAAUUGGAGAAAUUUAUGAUUUGGGUUUUCAGUUGAACGGCAUUAUAGAUGUCCGAAGUGGUUGUAAUUGUACCAGGAUAUGUAACUUCUUAUUACGCAUGCCAUAUGCAUGUGUAACUUCUGAUGACACAUGA